AAACAAUCCAAUGCUCUGAUUGGUCAAUGCAGGUCACGUGACUUAUCCAUCAUGGCCGCCUCCAUAACAAAGCUUCGUCUGCUCCAAUCCUCGCAAAAUCUGAAAAAUAUCUUAAACUAUAGACCGUUACCAAUUUUCCAGGAUGUUCGGCACUGCUCUCACUCGCCUCUUGUUGCUGAGAAGGAUGGUCACCAGAUGAAAGACCGCAGACUUGACUUUGAUGCUGCGUCCCUGGCUGCCCGCGGGUAUCUCCGCAACCAGCAGCCAUAUAACCCCCCCAAAGACGUAGAGACUCAGGUCCUACAUUUGUGCGAGAAGACCUUGAAUAGCACAGAUCCGGAGACCACUUUUGGAGAUGCAGCCACCAAGUACAAAUUGCUCAGUGACUGUUCAAAAAAGUUCAAACACAGGGUCCCAAGCUCCAUCAUGCACAAAAUUAAUAAUAUUGAGGAACUGAUGAUGUUCUAUAAGACACCCAUUGACGUGGCUGUACCACUGGACAUGAUGAAGACCAUGGAUCUGCCCAAAAAUCUCCAUGUCAUCUACAACUACAAUAGAUUCCAUCCAGAGACAGAUACAAUGUUUGGAGGAGUUUCUGUGUUCACCAAAGACUCCACCAUUGUUUCUGGCUUGAAGACUAAGAAAAAGUACCAAGGGCACACAGCCAGAAGCACUUGGCCAUACCAGUGAAGCUUCCAUUUAAUGUUUUUCUUAUGGAUUGUAAAUAAAUCAGGACAUGUUGAUAUUUAUGCUGUUGAGUUGCAAUAAAUCUUUGUGCAUA